CGGCCUCGGGGGCCUGAGGCGGCGGUCGGGCGGCGGCGGGCCAGGCGGCGGCUGCCCGUGGCGUCAGGGCGGAGGGGCCCGGCGCCGGGACCGCGCUGCCGCGAUGCCGCUCUUCGCCCCCAACCCCUUCGAGCAGGACGUGGAAAAAGCUACAAAUGAAUGUAACACCAGCGAGGACUGGGGGCUUAUUAUGGAUAUAUGCGACAAAGUUGGAAGUACUCCUAAUGGAGCAAAGGAUUGCCUUAAAGCCAUCAUGAAGAGAGUAAAUCAUAAAGUUCCACAUGUGGCUUUGCAAGCACUUACACUUUUAGGAGCCUGUGUGUCAAACUGUGGCAAAAUUUUUCACCUAGAAGUAUGUUCUCGAGACUUUGCUAGCGAAGCUCGGAGUAUCAUAAAUAAGGCUCAUCCAAAAGUAUGUGAAAAGCUCAAAACCCUCAUGGUGGAGUGGUCAGAAGAAUUUCAGAAGGACCCACAGUGUAGCUUAAUCUCUGCAACUAUUAAAUCUCUGAAAGAAGAAGGUGUCACUUUCCCUGCAGCGGGACCACAGGCUACCACAAAUGCUGCUAAGAAUGGAUCAUCAUUGAGUAGGAACAAAGAAGAUGAAGAUAUAGCUAAAGCUAUCGAAUUGUCUCUGCAAGAACAGAAACAGCAACAAAUGGAAACUAAAUCCUUGUACCCAUCUGCAGAAGUGCAGCCAAACAGCCAGAACUCGAGGAAGGUGCGAGCUCUGUAUGACUUCGAAGCUGUUGAGGACAAUGAACUCACCUUUAAAAGUGGAGAAAUUAUUUUUGUUUUGGAUGACAGUGACACCAAUUGGUGGAAAGGGGAAAAUCACAGAGGAGUAGGACUGUUUCCAUCUAAUUUUGUGACUUCUGACUUAAAUGUGGAACCUGAGGCAGCAACUGUGGAUAAAAGUUCUGUUCCUGAGGAUACCCCAGAAGAAAUUAAGAAAGCAGAACCUGAGCCAGUUUAUAUAGAUGAGGAUAAGAUGGAUAAAACGCUGCAAGUACUUCAGAGUAUAGAUCCUACAGAUCUAAAGCUUGAUUCUCCAGAUCUUCUAGACUCAGAAGAUAUUUGUCAACAAAUGGGUCCAAUGAUAGAUGAGAAACUAGAAGAGAUAGAUAGGAAACAUUCAGAAUUAUCUGAGCUGAAUGUGAAAGUUCUAGAAGCUCUGGAGCUCUAUAACAAACUGAUGAAUGAAGCACCGAUGUAUUCAGCCUACUCCAAACUCCACCAUCCUGCACAAUACCCACCCACAUCUUCUGGUGUCUCGGUGCAGUCAUACCCCGUGCAGCCUCCCAGUGCGAACUACAUGAUCCAGGGGGUUCACCAAGUCACCGUUUCCCCAGGCUACACCCUAGGACCUGAUCAGAUGGGGCAGCUGAGGUCUCUGCCUCAAAGUAUAAGUUCUUCUGGAGCAACUCAGCCAGCUCAAGCUGCCUAUUUAAGCCCAGGACCAGACUCUGUGCUGAACCAGGCGUACGUGAACCAGAGCCCCGGGCUGGCGCCCGCCGCCGGCAGCGCCGCCUACCCCCCGCAGCCACCGGGCAUGUCACUGGAGAUGACGGCCUUCCACAACACCCCGGCCAGCUUGCCUCAAGGACCAGGUUAUCCCGUGGCACUUCCUGCUCAUUCCGUUCUACAGCAGCAAACAAAUUACCAUCAACAGCCUCUCCUCUAAAAGCAACCAGCUCAUACUUGUGUAUUACUGAUAAAGGUUGCCCAACCUAGUGAUUUUUAAGAACAACUGUCAUGGAUAUCGAAAUGUGUUUUCCUUUUAAAUAACCCAGCUUACUUCAUUAGGGUGAUGCAUCAGAUCUGGUUGCUAAGGGUUUGCAGAAAGGGGUCUUGAACUAGAUGAGCUGAUGUUUUGAAAUGAUUCCAGAUGACUCUGAGCCCUUAUUUCUGUGCUUUCAGGAAACGCCACUUGUGAAUCUUCAGAGAUUAUCCCAAAAUAAUUUGCUUUACGAUGUGUUCCUGAAAACUUGAGGAUGCUUAAUCAUUGCUGUGUGCUGCUCUCAUUGUGCAUUGCCUCCUCUGGUAUGUCUCUGUAAUCCUUCUAUCCAAGGGGCUUUAGAGAACCUCUCCUGAUUUAGAGACUGCCUUCUCACUGCACUGCUGUAGUGAGCUUUGCCGUACGAUGUGCGCUGAGUAACUGGAACAGCUCAACAGAUGAGACCUGGAAGAGAAAAUGAUUUGAUCUAGUGACAGUGAGGCCCAUGUACCUACAGAAAUAUGAGAAACGAGAUUUUUUUUACAGUGCUGCCUACUUCUGGUGUGUUUCUCUUGAAGAAAACAGGUGGGGUUUUGCUAGAACUCACUCGUGUCUUUUGGCAGAGGUGGUACUGCAAGCACAAGCCUCCUUUGCGAGAGCAGGCAAGGGAUGCUCCCAGCUGACUGUGUGGGCACUCUGUGGAUGCAAGGUGCUGCGCCAGAAACUUGCACAGAAUCUCUUUCUUCUCCUUUUUGGAUGUGUUUGGAAGUGAAGGAGUAUUGCAGUUCUUUGCGGUAAAGGAGGGGGCUCAAGAACGUUUGAAGCUCCUUGAGACUGUGAGAAUCUGCCUUGUUCCCUUUUCAGUGGGGAGCUGAGUGGAAUAGGAAUCAUCUUUAUGGGACCAGGGGGUUCUUGCCUCCCUUGGAUUUCCUUUCCCUGCCACCACCUCUAAAUAAAGGCUGACUGCAGUCCAAGAAACCCUUGUGCCAUGUGGUCAAGGUACGUUUAACUCGGUGCCUGCAGCGGCAGAGCACACACGUGUGCUGGGAGUGGGACUGUGCUCCUCGCUUGAUGCAAGUUUGGAAAUGACAGCGUGUCUUUAGAGGAGUUGCCUCAGGAUGGUGGAAGCAUUUGGUGGCUAAGAAAAGAAAUCUAAGAAUUUCUUCCCUGAUGCACUUUUUUUAAUGGGCAGGGUUCCUACAAGAGGAGCAGCUGAACUGAAUUCUCUUUAAGGAAUGAGGGGUUUCUUUCUUUUGUUGUUUCAGCCUCGGGGAGGGGGAAAAAAAAAAUCCCUCUUUACCUACUUGCUCUCACAGAAUCACCUUUAUACCCAUUUUAACCAUUUUAUGAUGAGUAGUAACCUUGCAAUUGGGAAAGUAAUGGAAGCAAAUCACUUAGGAUCACAUCUUGAUUAAAUGCAUGAAACUCCCAAAUGUCUAAACAAGUGUGUUUGGUGUACACAUUUUCUACCAAAUGAGAAGUAUCAGAUUGCAGACUUUGUUGUUGAGGAACAAAAACCAACCUUCACUCCAUUGCUUUCACAUUGCCUUUCAUUGUUUGGGAUCAUGAAGUUAUUCAGGUGUAGCCUUACACUGAUGCAGUGAGGUAUUCGGUACCUGCUCUGUAAGGCAGGCUUGCUUCCCAUUUAAAUUUGUUCAACUGGAAGGAAGCCUUUGUCUUUCCUUCUGACAUGGCUUUAAUUUGCCUGGAUCCUUCCCCUUGAGGCAGUUGAGUACAACUACCACGUGUGGCAGUACUGAAGUGUUUCGAUACCUUGUUCCUUGCGUUCUCCACGAGUAAUUCAUUUCAGUGCUGCUGUUGAAAAUUCUUAAUGUUCAGAGAUUUUUCUGCGAGAGCUUUCUUGAUUCCAAGCUGCUGGGUAGGAAAACUAAACCUUGCUAUGGUUUAUACACAUUUUGCUACGUUUGGGAGUGAGUUGAGAUUGAGUUUGGUGUUUUUGUUGGAUUCAGAACUUUGAUCUGGCAGAAAUAAGCGAUUCUCCUCGAUGGAGAUGGCUGGACGGGUGGGAUUUGAUUACUUUCAGUUAAUUAGGAUUAUAAAUAAUGUAUAUACUCAUUUGUCUGAAAUUUUGUACCCCGCUACAUGCGUGCACACUGGUAAAGCCUGGCAUUUUCUGAAAGCAGGGCUGUCACUCUCAUCUCCUCCUCCUCCUUCUGUCAUAUGCAACUUGUAGAUAGUGUAAAAUAAUAGAAUUAUUAUCAAAAUAGCGUCUUUAGAGGGUUUUGGUGUUAAUAGGCUCUGUUUUUUUUCUCUUCAUUCUUCUACACAUGAUCAUAUUUAUUUCUGAGGCCUGAUUGUAACUGAACACGCUGCCAAAGGAUUUCUCUAACUUCACGUUUCUACGCUCGGUUUCUACCCGCUGUUUUGUAUCGGGAAUCAACGGUAGAGAACUUCAGCUUUUUUCAUACAAACUCUGGCUGGUUAACGUAGAAACUCGUGCAACUUCACCACGGGACUUCUAUUGUCAUGUAUUUGUUCCAUGGGCGUUGGAAAUACCAAUGCUGGGUGAGUCUUUCUCCAGGCCAGUCCGUCAUCUCGCCACGCACAGACGUGUUUGGAGGAAUUUGUGGUCUUUCAUCCAGCCUUGAUGUGACAAACACGUCACCUGUUUUGUUUGGUACAGAAAUGAUGGUGUUAAAGAAGCCCCAGAUUGUUUCCCUAGCAAGUAAACCUUAAAAAUAACGUUCUGUGUUCGUUUCCCUGCGGGUUUUGUUCAUGGGUGUUCCUGGACUUGUGGUGUAAUUCGUUUGAAGGCUGUCCCUUAGACAGGAGAGCCGAGCAGGACGUGGCUGCAGCUGCACUCUCUGACAGGAGCUGUUUUCUGACAGGAAGAUCUGGGGGUUUUUCCCUUAUUUUUAUCUAUGCAUCUUUUCUAAGGAAUAACAGGCACUACUCUUGGCUUACCUUGAACACUGUGAUGUAUGUGUUGAACAAAGGAAUAACUUAGACUUUCUGGCUCGUUGCAGUUAAAUUUUACAUGAAGCUGACUCAAAGUGUUUGGGAUUGGUGGAAAUGAAGGACAUGGAGCCGAGGCGGGUGCUGUGCCAAUGGGUGGGCUGUGAGUCCAGCCCGAGGUUCUGCCUCUCUUUGCUCUGGGGUUUAGGUGAACGUGUGCUGGUUAGUAGGUGCACCACAGUUCUUGCAGAAAAUGAUCUUAAAUGAGUUUGCAGUAUUAAGGGAUCUGUCUUAUUGGAAUAUCCACUUGGCCUCCUGUCUGCAAUACGUGUGCAUUGCCUUGUGUGAAUAAAACACAGUUUGUUUAACAA